UUCGUAUAUAAAACAUAUAUAGUUUCCACCGGAGAAGGAGCAUUCUAAUUCUGAAGCAGGUGACCGUUGGCAAGCAUGGAACAAACACAAACACCCCAAAUAGCCAUCAUACCGAGUCCGGGGAUGGGUCACCUCAUCCCACUCGUUGAAUUUGCCAAACGCCUCGUUCUCCACCAUGACUUCACCGUCACUUUCAUCCUUCCCAGCUUGGGCCCUCCCCCUAAAGCUCAGUUGGAAGUACUUCAAUCCCUCCCCACUACGAUAACCCACAUCUUUCUUUCCCCAGUUAGCUUCGAUGACUUGCCUGCCCAUGGCAUGAAGCAAGAAAUGAAAAUCUUUCUCUCUGUCGCUCGUUCUCUUUCUUUCAUACGGGAUGCGCUCAAGUCGUUUGUCACAACUACUAGGAUAGUGGGAUUGGUUGUUGAUUUAUUUGGCACCGAUGCUAUUGAUGUCGCAAAGGAAUUCAACAUCCCUUCCUACGUAUUUAUCGGGAAUAUGUCUCUGGCGUUGUCAUUGUUCCUUUACCUACCAAACCUCGACGAGAACGUUUCUUGCGAAUACAGAGACAUGCCUGAACCGGUUAGAUUGCCGGGAUGUGUCCCUAUCCACGGAAGAGACUUUCCGGAACCUUUACAAGACCGGAAGAAUGAUGUGUACAAGCUGUUUGUUCACCACGCAAAACGUUCCAGUACUUUAGCAGCGGGAAUCAUGUUGAAUAGCUUCGUGGAGUUAGAAGCUGGGUCUAUACAAGCCUUGCAAGAGGGAAAACCGCCGCUAUACCCUAUCGGACCACUUGUACAAAUUGGUUCGGGUAGCGGGGCUGAUGGGUCAGAGUGUUUACGGUGGUUGGAUGAACAACCUCGUGGAUCUGUUCUGUUUGUUUCCUUUGGGAGUGGCGGAACUCUCUCAUAUGAUCAGUUGAAUGAAUUAGCUCUGGGCUUGGAAAUGAGUGGGAAAAAAUUCUUGUGGGUUGUGAGAAGCCCAGAUGAAGGCUCCACCAGCGCCUCAUUUUUCAGUGCCAAAAGUAAUGAAGACCCUUUCAAUUACCUACCGAAAGGGUUUUUGGAGAGGACAAAAGGGCAAGGUGUAGUGGUGCCAUCCUGGGCACCGCAAAUUGAGGUCCUUAGCCAUGGCUCGACGAGUGGUUUCGUAACUCACUGCGGCUGGAAUUCGAUCCUCGAGAGCGUUGUGAACGGCGUGCCUUUGAUAGCUUGGCCUCUAUUCGCUGAGCAAAAGUUGAACGCAGUCUUGUUAACUGAGGUUCUAGAGGUGGCGCUGAGGCCAGAAAGUAACGAAAAUGGGCUAGUGGGACGGAUGGAGAUAGCGAAGGUUGUGAAGUGUCUCAUGGAAGGGGAAGAAGGGAUAAGGAUUCGCGACCAGAUGAAUAGAUUUAAGGAAGCUGCCGUCAAGGCCAUAAGUAAAGACGGUUCUUCUACAAAAUCUCUUUCUGAGUUAGCGCUCGAGUGGAAGAAUCAGAAAAGCUACUAGAAUCAGCUUUAUUUUUUUCAUUGUCUUUCUUCUUUUCCUCCCCCUCUUUUUCUCACUUUUUAAUUGAAGUUUCUCUUCAAAAA